AUGGCGCAAUAUCAAUUGUUGUCUCAAGCUUUGGCUGAAAUUCAACAUGGUAAUCAUCAAGGUGCUACUGAAACUAUAUCAAAAUACAUUGAUUCACUUCCAAGUGAAGCUCAAGAAGAACGUAAAGUAGCAAUUCGGUUUCGAAUUGAUACAAAUCUAAAAUCUGGAAAGAUGGAUGGUAAUAAGAGUAAUCAUUGUUGA